AUGAUUUGGCUCAGAAACAUAGUUGUUGUAAUAAUUUUAAAGAAAAAGUGCUGACUGACAGAAUGGAGUCCAGAAACUUAGCUAUAGGAAUAUUGAUCUCACUUCAGAGUGCACUUGGAAUUCUGGGAAAUGUAUCUUUUCUUUUCCAGUAUCUACUUGUUUACUACAAUGAACACACAUUAAAGACUGUAGACUUAAUUCUUAUACAUGUUUUCACAUCAAAUUCCUUAAUCAUUCUCUCUACAGGAGUGCCUCAGAUAAUGAGAAUGUUUGAGUGGAAAAGGUUCUUCAAUGAUGUUGAAUGCAAACUUAUUUUAUAUAUUCAGAGACUUUGCAGGAGCCUGUCCAUCACCUCCACCUGCCUCUUGAGUGUUUUCCAGGCCAUCACCAUCAGUCCUAAUGUCUCCUAUUGUAAAGAACUGAAAAUCCAAUUACCAAAAUAUGUUCACCUCUCCAUUUCCUUCCUCUGGAUCCUGUACAUGAUAGUGAAUAUGGUUUUCCCCAUGUAUACGGCUACCAAAAGUAAUAGCAAAAACAAGACAAAAAUGAGAAAUUUUGAAUUUUGUCCUGCUCUCAAUCAAGACAAGAUAGUAGAGUCACUGUAUACAGUAUUUUGGGUGUUCCCUGAAGUCUUAUUUUCCAUACUCAUUGUUUGUUCCAGCAUCUCCAUGAUUGUCAUACUCUAUGAACACAAGAAGAGGGUUCAGUGCAUCCUCAGCACUCAUGCAUCCACCAGAAUUUCCCCUGAAUCCAGAGCCACACAGAACAUCCUGGUGUUGGUUUGCACCUUUUUAGCUUUUUACACCAUCUCCUCCAUUUUGCAAGGCUACAUGGCUCUUUCUUUUAAUCUCAAUUCAUGGCUUGUGAAUAUCACAGGCAUCAUUUCUAUGUGUUUUCCUACUUUAAGCCCCUUUGUGAUGAGUCAUGAAUCUAUUAUUUCUGGAUUUUGCUUUUCCUGUAUAAGGAAUAGGAAAGGGAAAUAA